AGAUUGAGGUGGAGGCACCGUGGAUUAAAUUAUUCUUUGUGCUUUGUAGGGAAGCAUGUUUCUGUGUGAAUGUGGGAGUCUCGAGACAAUAGCGCAUGUUUUCCUCUUUAAUAAACUGUCAGGACUUGAGUUGAGGCUUUUUCUGGUUUCUCUUUGUUUGGGCACAGUGAGGAGCAUAAACUGAUCUCCAAGGCAGUCCUUCAAUUCUUGCAUGACACAGGACUGUUUGUAAGAAUUUAGUUCAAACUUUGACCUGUGGAGGGCAGUAAUACGCUCAUAAGCCUCUACACUGCCGGAAUCUUACAAGAAGAAGAAGAAGAAGAAGGUAGUUCUUCCGGUACACAGAGCGGAGCGAGCCCGGGAAACACCGCAGCCGCAGCAGCAGCACACCUGUAGCACACCUGUCAGGUUCCUCAGUUUACAGACUGAAGAUGUUGAGGAGGAAACCGACUCGACUGGAGCUGAAGAUCGACGACACAGAGGAGUUCGAGAGCGUCAAGAAGGAGCUCGAGGCCAGGAAGCGUCAGCGAGAGGAGGCAGAGUCAGGAGGCAGAGAGGCCGGGGCUUCCGUCAUCAGUGUUGACAUCAUCGGGGGCGGGGCCUCCGCCUCAGCCUCUUCCUCGUCGGCGUCGAGGACGGAGCUCAUUAACGAGCGAAUCGGCUACAAGCCCCACCCCAAGCCGGCCACGCUGCCGACCUUAUUUGGGAGUUUACAGUUUUGAUAAAACACAAUAAAAUGUUUACGUGAAUUUAAA